CUGCAGGACAGCUGAUCUAUUUCAAACAGGAAGCUGUUUACAGAUAACACUUGCAACUGUUUUGUCUGAUUUGUUGAACUGUCGAAAAGCAAAAGACAACCUCUUUUCAAAUUAAAAACUGCCAGGCUUCUGUAAACAGCAGCAAUGAGGUUCAUCUGUGCAGUGUCCCUGCAGGCACAGAGCAUUCUGCAGUCCCCUUUUUCUCAGCAGCCAUAAGGAGUCAGUGACCUGUAAGUGCUCAUUAUGAAGAGAGAUCUGGUUUUCUUGGUGACUCUAAUUAGCCUUGCCUUCCUGUCACUGAUAAGGUCUGGAUAUCCUCAACAUAUUGCAGAGGAGUCCUGCUCUGUUCAAAUUCUUGUUCCAGGCCUCAAAGGAGAGGCUGGACAAAAGGGGGAAAAAGGUGCUCCAGGUCGUCCAGGCAGAGUUGGGCCUCCAGGAGAAAAAGGAGAAAUGGGGGACAAAGGACAGAAAGGCAGUAUGGGACGGCACGGAAAAAUCGGUCCUAUUGGUUCAAAAGGUGAAAAAGGAGAUAAUGGUGACAUAGGACCACCAGGUCCUAAUGGUGACCCAGGCAUCCCCUGUGAGUGCAGCCAGCUAAGGAAAGCUAUUGGUGAAAUGGAUAUCCAAGUGGCCCAGCUGACAACAGAACUAAAAUUCAUAAAAAAUGCACUGCCCUCCCCCGCAGCUGUUGCUGGUGUGCGUGAGACAGAUAAUAAGAUAUAUCUGCUGGUGAAGGAAGAGAAAAGAUACAAGGAAGCCCAGCUCUACUGCCACGGAAGAGGAGGGACGCUGAGCAUGCCCAAGGAUGAGACUGCCAACAAUCUGAUCGCCUCGUACAUCAACCAAGCCGGGCUCACCAGAGUUUUCAUUGGGAUUAACGACCUAGAGAAAGAGGGGAAUUUUGUUUAUUCUGACCGAUCGCCCAUGCAGACCUUCAACAAAUGGCGCAGUGGGGAGCCCAACAAUGCUUAUGAUGAGGAGGACUGUGUGGAGAUGGUGGCAUCUGGAGGGUGGAAUGAUGUUGCAUGUCAUAUUACCAUGUAUUUUGUGUGUGAAUUUGACAAAGAAAAUGUCUAAGCUUGUCUGCUCGCUCUUUAUUUUAAGAAAAGUUUUAAAGCCAAUUGUACAAGUGAUAUUUUGCAAGUAUGUGGCAUCAGGGUUGUACAGCUGUAAAUACAAUUUAGGUAUUUCAAAUAUCAGUAUUUACCCUUCAGAAGGGAAGAGCAGUGAUAAGACAUAGCUUGUUUUUUCUGUAGGAAAAUAGAUUAUUUAGAUAAAAAUGUGGUUUGGGGCUAAAUUCUGUCCUCACAACAGCUAACAAAUGCGACUGCAUGACUGUAAGGGAAGGCAGAAUUUGGCCUCUAGUUGUUAGAAUGAUUAUUUCUGAAAAAGUAGAUUCCUGAUAGUCUUUUAUCUUAGCAAAAUUUGUAGUUAUAAAUGUUAAUUACUUGUAGUGCUACAGGGAUAUUUCAGAAACAAGGCAGAUAUUUUCUAUACUCCAGUUAAUAAGUACAAACAUUACUGUAAGUUUUUUGGAUGUGAAGGUGUAACAACUUUUUUUUGAGAAACAGCCAAAGCAAACCAACAAAUCAGGAGUCAUACCAAUUUUGCAAUGUUUCUUUAUUAAACUGUUCCCAGAUGUAUGACAAGUAGCCACUUAAGUAAACUGAGUUUUAGUGCUGAGGAAGGACAAAAUUCUUAAAAUUUAAUGAAGAGGGAUCCCAGCCAGAUGGGUGUUUUGGGGUUGGCUAAAGGUAAAAAUAAGAUUUUGGUUUUCUGCAUUCUUUAGCUGAGAAUAAUUCAGUGUGUGAACUACUUCAGGCCCCAAAUAAUUUCUUAAAGUAAACGCGUUUCACAUUUGUGUAUGAUGACCUUGGUGCAUCUUGUUACAAAACAAACAAAAUACCAGCCCUCCGCAAUUUAAGGCAGACUUCGUAAAUAGACAAAGGUCUCACUAGCAGUUCUUUUUGGUAGGAAAACAGCUUACAUGUUUACUCAGGUUGUAAGGAUGACUCCCUGAAAAGCAGCAAAUGUUUCCAAAAUUUUCCUGAUUAUGUAUAUAGCAGUAAUAAGUAAUUUUGCACAAAUAAUUUAUGUACCCAAUUUACAAUUGCAUGUGAUGGAAAAUGUGAUGUAUAUUUAAAAAAACAACAACAUAAUUUCACAAAGGAAAUGAAUUACUCUGGGUCUUCCUAGGAGCCUGUUGCAUAACAACUUAUCUUGCUGUUAGGCACAGAAAGAUGACGGCAAAAUCUCUGACUGUUUUCAGAAAUACCUUGCACAGUGUUUUAAGGUCAUUUUUAAGGAGAAAUGAUCCUUUGUAUAACAUAGUAAUCAAAAUACGUAUCUGAUCAUUAUGGGAGGUUGGUCUACAGGAUAUCCACAGCAGAGGUGGCAUGUGGUCCCAGAGAUUUCCCUACAGCAAGGCAAGACCAACUCAUAUCAACUCUACAGUGCCACGGUAUAUAAAGAAUCAGUGACCAUACAAUUCUGUUCAUAUCCAUACAGUCUGACAAUAUUUGAUGUGAUGCUAUUAUUAUAUACCUAAGAAAACAAACCAUUUUGUUUGCUAUAUUUAGUCUGUGAAUUUGAAUCCAUUAUACAUAAAAGUUUGCUAUUAAUUUUGAAGAUCGGUCGCAAAUUUGUCUAGUAUUUGAAUAUUAGCCCAGCUCCAGAGCAAUCACUCUGAGAAAUGAACAGUCCUUCAAUUGCUUUAUUUUCUUUCUAAUAAAGGUAGGUAUGAUUCCUAUGUUAGGCAUUCUUCCAACUGUAUAUUUAAAUCUAUUAAAUAAUGUGACUAUCAUUCUACACUAAUAUGCAAAGACUCUUUACAGACUUUGCAGAGCUAACAAUUCCAGUGGAGCAAUUUGUUUGUUUAGAAUAGUGCCUUUUGAAUAUCAUGAUUGUUUCCUGCCUGCUAUAGAAAUCCUCAGAAACAGAUAAAUCUCCAACAUACUUUUAUCAGAUCAUUGUAGCUAUAUUAAAACAGUCCAAACCUGAGUUACAGAUAUCUGGAGCUCCCUCAUUAUGCAUAUGCUGAAGUUGCUAACUCCUUAUUUUUCACCCAGGUUUUGAAAGUCUCUGUUGUAAUGUUCGAUUUCCUCAGAAACAUGAAAAGAGGCCUUUUGAGGAGGUGGAAAGCUUUUUCAGAUGCCAAAUGCUCCUGUUUUAGCUGGAAGUCACACCACAUUUAUAAAGAUUGCCUUGAUGUGUAGACCAUUUAAGCAGUCUCAAUUUCUAUUAAAAUUUAAGAUGAAAAAUAAAGGCAAUGGAAAAACCAUUUAUUUCCCCCAGUUUUUGUGUUCUUCAGGAUAUAUUUUUGCAGCUCUUGAUAUAUGAGAUAGAAAGGAAAAUAGUAGUAUUGUCAGAGCCCUGUACAUUGGCUGCAACAGCCCUUAUUUCACCAUUUGGGCAAGGGGAACGAGGCUAGUGUGUAAGGUCUCUAGCUGUCCUGCAAGAAGCAAAGACUGCACAUCUGGUAUUUAUCCCUGUGAGGAACCGAGCAAGAAAUGAUGGAGGGAUUGGAAAUGAAUGAGCACUUCGUCAUGUCUUUCACCCUCCAGUUGCUGAUCCCCAUAGGUGGACCCUUGCUGGAGGCAGAAAUCGAUGUUGCAUGUAGUGCUCAGCCUGUGUGAAGCCUGCUGCUGUGCAUGGUAAGAUUUCCAUUACUCUCAGUGGAAUUUGGAGCUAUUGUUUUAGGAAAAAACCCUCAAAUGAUAAUUUAGUUUUAUUUGGGGUAUUUUCCAUGUGCAUUAAAACCUGCAUUGUAAUAUCAUUACUCAUUUUGCGUGGCACUACGGAAGCCUUUGGAACAUGUCUGUCUGGCAAGCAUGCACUGAGGUUUCCCAGACUGUUCUCAUACGCUUUACUUUUGAUGGAUGAUUUUUCCUCAUAAGUAUUUCCCCAUAGCCCUUAUUUAUUUGAUUCUUAAUUAAGGAGCAUAUUGGUGCAUUUUAAGAAGGCAACAAUAACAGGGAUUUUUUUUUUUUUAUGUAGUCACCCAUUUAUGCUGUUGAACAACUUCUUUACAUAAAGUGCAUAUUUCAUUCAACUGUAUUCCACACCCUUAGCUGCUAAGGCUGUGUUGUUGUAUUACUGAUGUCAGGGCCAGACAUGCAUCCCCUUUCUAGGAGAUGACUUGGCAAAGGUAAAACAUUUAGCUGGCUGAGUCCAAGGGGAGCUCCACUGCUGGUGAGAGCCCUGCAUCGCUGUGGAUGUCCCAGGAGAGCACUGGACGAUGUCUGGCCCUGAUCACCACUCGGAUUUGCCACUCUGCAUCCUGGCUCCUUGCGGGGAGGUGCUGCUCCCGCCUGCCUUGUUAUCCUGCGUGGCUCCUGCUUUGCCAUCCCUCAUGGACCAGCUGGUCCUCCCUGCGCCCUGACAGCUGACAUGAUUAUCCCUGAAAAUAUGGUUUUGUGACAGGUUGCAGGUUAGCAGCAGAACUUGUCCCUGGCUGUGAGUUUUCAACUGUCUUAUGUCACAGAGAAGAACUGUAAAAAAUUAGUAUUUAUAUAUGGCAUAUAGAGCAUCCUUAUUCAUAUAAAUAAAACUGAGUGCUCCGUUUUUCAUAAGCUCAGGAAAUGCCAGUUCAAAUAUGCAUUACAAAAUAGCAGCUGGUUGGGCUUUUUUUGUUACAGUUUUUGAUGAAAAGUGAAAUAAGAAGAUUAAAUUAAAACAAUUUUUAUUGUAAAAUAUGAUGAAGGUUCAGAAUGUACAAAGAAGUUUUGAAGUAGACGUUUUUCAAGAUGUUUCCUUUUGGAAUUUUUCAGAAUUUCAUUUCUGAGUUCUGAGCUUUGAUUUUUAUAUUAUUGUUAAUAUGCUUUACACCAUGUCAGUAACAGUGUUCAGUUUAAUGCUUGAAAUAUUUUAUUUUAUUCCUUAUGUCUUCAUUUCCAAUGGGAACAAGUUGUCUUUUUGAGAGUUCUGUUGUUUGCCAUACUGAGUUUGACACUUGAAUUGGUUUCUCCUUCUGGGACUGCUAUGACACUGUAAACACUCUGAAUACAAAGCAAUAGAUAGUUCAACUGACAUUAAGUAGAAGAUAUUCUUACUGAUUAUGAAAAUGAGUAAUUUAAGUAUCAUGCCAUGUAACUAGUAGUUUACGCACUAUUACAAAUGUUCAAUCGUUAAAUAGGCAAAACAAAUAAAACAUUUUAAAAUAUGAAAA